CUGUUUGAAAACAGUCAUAUUUUAAUUCACCGAAUAUUCACUUAUUGACAAAUUUUAUAUUAUAAAUAAAUAAUAAACGUAUAAGGUUGUCCAUGAUUUGUGUAUAACGUCAGAAACCUCAGCCAAAGAGGAUAAUUCCAGAAUGUCGACGGAAGUUCCAGCCGUAAAGCGCUAUCGCCGUGAUGAGAAGCAAUCCGAUGAAAGUGAAGUGGAAGAUGAUGGCCAGUAUGUCCCCUACGUUCCAGUACGAGAACGUAGGAAACAACAAUUGUUGAAAAUGGGUAGGAUUGUGCAGCUUACUGCAGAGGCCUCGAAUGUGGGCAAGUCUUCUAGUGAAAAUGAGCACGACGAAGAAGGAGCCGAAGAGGCAUGGGGUCGUAAGUUUAACAUUAGCUUACUGGAUCAACAUACCGAGCUGAAAAAGCUGGCAGAAGCUAAAAAGAUUAGUGCAGUAGAGAAACAGCUAAAGGAGGAGGAAAAAAUUCUCGAGAGUGUUGCAGAAAAGAAAGCCCUCAUGGGUGUUGCCGAAUUGGCAAAGGGGAUCCAGUAUGAAGAUCCAAUCAAAACCAGUUGGAAGGCUCCAAGGUAUAUUUUAGCUCGUUCAGAUGCCUCUCACGAGAAAGUAAGAGAAAAGUUAAGAAUCUUGGUUGAAGGAGAAAAUGUACCUCCGCCGAUUUGUACCUUCCGAGAGAUGAAGUUUCCGAAGCCAAUAUUGGCAGCUUUGGAAAAACGAAACAUUCGAAAACCUUCCCCGAUUCAGGUUCAAGGCAUACCGGCUGUUUUGUCUGGAAGAGAUUUGAUUGGAAUUGCCUUCACUGGAUCGGGUAAAACGUUAGUAUUUGUACUUCCUAUUAUCAUGUUUUCUGUUGAGCAAGAAAUUCGCUUGCCAUUCAUCAGCAAGGAAGGGCCAUAUGGAUUGAUAAUUUGUCCAUCGCGAGAAUUGGCUAAACAAACAUUUGACAUCGUGCAAUACUACUGUCAACAUAUGCAAGCGGCUAGUAUGCCCGAAAUUCGUUCUGCACUGGCCAUCGGGGGUGUACCCGUGAACGAAUCCUUAGCAAUUAUUCAACAGGGUUGUCACAUCAUGGUUGCCACUCCGGGACGGUUGAUGGACAUGUUGGAUAAGAAAUUGGUUAAACUAGACGUUUGUCGUUACUUAUGCAUGGACGAAGCGGAUCGAAUGAUUGAUAUGGGAUUCGAAGAGGAUGUCCGAACCAUUUUCUCAUACUUCAAAGGGCAGCGUCAGACACUGCUAUUUUCUGCCACCAUGCCAAAGAAGAUUCAAAACUUCGCUAAGUCAGCACUGGUGAAACCGGUCACAAUCAAUGUUGGUCGAGCAGGAGCUGCCUCUAUGAACGUUACUCAAGAUAUCGAAUACGUCAAGCAAGAGGCAAAAGUUGUGUAUUUGCUGGAUUGUCUCCAGAAGACGCCUCCGCCGGUAUUAAUUUUUGCCGAGAAGAAACAAGAUGUUGAUGCUAUCCAUGAGUAUUUGUUACUGAAAGGUGUCGAGGCUGUUGCCAUUCACGGUGGUAAAGAUCAGGAGGAACGUUAUCGAUCGGUGGAAGGUUUCAGAAAGCAGGAGAAGGAUGUUCUUGUAGCCACAGAUGUUGCAUCAAAAGGUCUUGAUUUUCCAGAUGUCCAACACGUUAUCAACUAUGAUAUGCCAGACGACAUAGAAAAUUAUGUCCAUAGGAUUGGUCGUACUGGACGGUCAGGAUCGAAAGGCUUAGCUACUACUUUCAUCAACAAAGCUACUGAACAGUAUGUUCUACUAGACUUAAAACAUCUGUUAAUCGAAGCAAAACAAAAGGUUCCUCCUUUUCUGGCGGAAUUGUGUUCCGAGACGGAAAAGUAUGCCGAUCUGGGCGAUGGAUGCAGCUACUGUGGUGGUCUUGGUCAUCGGAUUACCGAGUGUCCCAAACUGGAAGCCAUUCAGAGCAAACAGGCUUCCAACAUCGGGCGGAGAGAUUAUUUGUCCAACACUGCAGCUGAUUAUUAGAUCAAUAAACAUGGUAAUAAAAAUUGUCAAA